GACUCUCUUUUUUCUUUUCAUUAUAUUCUGGGGUGAAGGGUUUCUUUCUUUUCUCUUUUCGGGGGGGUGGGGGGUUUCUCGUUCUUCUUCCAUUCACCAUGACGGCACCUUUUGAUCGUCUGGUGGUUUUAUUAAAUUCGACUGCGGGUGCCAGCGGACCUAAACUAGGAUCUGAUGAGAAAGAGAUCAUUCAACUGGUGUGGCAAGUGGUGGAUCUGACAAAUAAGACUGGAAAACUAUGUGAAGUUUUAGUAAAGCCCGAUUAUUUGGAAUUGACCGAUGAAUGUAAAGCGCAAAGUGGCCUCCAAGAAAAUGACAUCUGUAUUGCAGAACCUCUAGAGCAAGCCUUGCACCAGUUUACCCAGCAAGUCAGCAAUGAAAUCAACCUUGGAGGUGGAACUACAUUCUGUUUGUGUACUGACGGACAGCUCCACAUCCGUCAGGUUCUCCACCCUGAAGCAUCUAAUAAGAAUAUAAUGUUACCGGAGUGCAUGUAUUCCUUCUUUGACUUGAGAAAAGAAUUCAAGAAAUGCUUUCCAGAUUCCCCAGAAAUAAAGGAGCUGGAUGUUUACCUAAUGGCAAAAUAUUUAAAUAUUGAGGUAGACAGCUCUACAUAUGCCAGUUCUCAGGUUCAGAUGAUGGCUAAAAUUAUUCUCACCAUGGCAUCAGACCCAUUCAGACAUUCCUUUAUUGAACCAGAAAGAGUAAAUCACAAAUUUGAAACUGGAACUUGCAGUAAGAUGGAAAUAGUUGAUGACAAUACUGUCAUCCGUGCACGUGGGCUUCCAUGGCAGUCUUCUGAUCAAGAUAUUGCAAGAUUCUUCCGGGGUCUCAACAUAGCUAAAGGUGGAGCUGCACUCUGCUUAAAUGCACAAGGCAGAAGGAAUGGAGAAGCACUGGUGAGGUUUGUGAGUGAAGAGCAUCGAGAUCUAGCACUGCAGCGACAUAAACACCAUAUGGGGAACAGAUACAUUGAGGUGUACAAGGCAACAGGAGAGGACUUUAUUAAAAUUGCUGGAGGAACUUCCAAUGAGGUAGCCCAGUUCCUUUCCAAGGAGAAUCAAAUCAUCAUUCGCAUGCGUGGUCUUCCUUUCACUGCUACUGCUGAAGAAGUGUUGGCAUUUUUUGGUCCCAGCUGCCCAGUCACUGGUGGGAAAGAAGGAAUUCUCUUUGUGAAAUAUCCAGAUGGCAGACCCACUGGAGAUGCUUUUGUACUGUUUUCUUGUGAAGAAUACUCCCAAAAUGCACUUAAGAAACACAAAGACAUUUUGGGGAAAAGAUACAUUGAGCUGUUCAAGAGCACAGCAGCAGAAGUGCAACAGGUGCUCAACAGAUUUACAUCAACACCUCUGAUUCCAAUUACUCCUCCUCCCAUCAUUCCUGUACUACCUCAGCCUUUUGUGCCACCUCCCAGCACUCGUGAUUGUGUCCGCCUUAGAGGUCUUCCCUAUGUGGCAACCAUUGAGGACAUCCUGGAGUUUCUUGGAGAGCACACCGCCGACAUCAGACCUCAUGGAGUUCACAUGGUGUUAAAUCAGCAGGGACGACCUUCGGGAGAUGCCUUCAUCCAAAUGAAGUCUGCAGAUCGGGCAUUCCUGACAGCACAGAAGUGCCACAAAAAGACAAUGAAGGACCGAUACAUUGAAGUGUUUCAGUGUUCAGCAGAAGAGAUGAAUAUUGUAUUAAUGGGGGGCACGUUAAACCGAAAUGGCCUGUCCCCACCGCCAUGUAAGUUACGACGCCUGUCUCCACCAUUGUAUGCCUUUCCUCCUCCUGCAGCUGUUAUUCCAGCAGAGGCUGCCACCCUCUAUCAACCCCAAGUUCUUCUCAGCCCUCGAGCCCUUCAGCCUUCCACAGCGUUCUACCCAGCUGGUGCUCAGCUAUUUAUGAAUUACACUGCUUAUUAUCCAAGUCCUCCUGGCUCCCCAACCAGCCUGAACUACUUCCCCUCUGCAGCAGCUGCCCCAACUGUUGCCCCUCAGCCCGGGGCGAUGAUUAGAAUGCAGAGCCUGGCUUAUGGAGCUGGCGUCAAAGACAUUCUUAAUUUAUUCCAUGGAUACCAGAUUCCUCCUGAGUCCUUAAUGACGACUAGUAAUUGUUAUGGUCAGUCCGGCAGUGACGCUUUAGUGACGGUGCCAACCCUGCAGUCUGUGAAGCAAGACAUAAACCAUCACUGCCUAGGGAGUCAUUUUCUGGACCUUCAGCUGCUUUAGAGGGAAGGCAUUACUCUGAUUGUCGUAGGUAUUAUUUGACAAAGCGUAUUAAAUAAUACCAAAAUAAAUUUUGAAACACUUCAAUUUUGUUUUUAAUUGUUUUAUACUUUUUUAAAACUUUUACAUAUCUUAUGAAAGACCCUAUGUUUGUCUAUAAAGUGAAAAAAUAAGUUAAUUAUAUGUAUGAAAAGCCAAAUAGUAGCUGACUCUGAAUUGCACAAUGUUACUUUAAAGCAAUACUCUAAAUCUGUUAUUAUGCUGUAAUACUUUGAACAUGUACAAUGCAUAAUGUCUGUUACUGUGAUUUGCAUUUGUAUUUCUAACUCUUUGUUGUAAACUUGUAUUUGUAUAUUGCAAUGCAAACCAAAUGUCUCAAACAGCAAUCAUUACUUGAGUUAUAGUGCCAACGAUGGCAUGUUUGUCUUCCUUUAUCUACAUUCUCAGUAGCAAAGUUACUGAUUCACUAUUAGUCAUUUUUUAUUUUGCAAAGAAAAAUAUUUGUUCAGGCAUUCUUAGGAGAGCUGAGGAUGACUGAGUGUUACUACACAUUAAAGACAGCAGGUUGCCCUAAAACACCAUAACCAAUACCUGCAUGACUAUGGACUCUCAUUUUCUUCUUUAGUAAAUUCUGCCAUUCAUUCGCUGCCCUAUUAUUUCAAUACUCACUUUUUACUGGAAGGUUAGUUUGAUUAAAUUUUCAAACUAUAAUAGUUGUUACGUUUCCCUAUGUGUAUGCUGUUAAUAAUAAUAUAUGGAAAAGAAUAAAAUCUUAAAUUACUGUGUCUUGACAAAACAUUAGAAAUGAUCCAGGUUAGUCUGUACAGAGAAUUCAUGUUUUAAUGUUGCAAUUGCUUUCCAACUCUCUUACAUUUAAUUUGCAGAAUUCAUUACUUUUUGUACCAGUAUACAAUAUGUAAAUUAUUGCAUGAUGAAGUAACAAAUCUUCCUAUAAACAGUUUACUUUUUCUAUUCCUACUCCAGUCAUUUUAAGUAGUUAUUCCGCUGGUCAGAACUAACAGACAAUACUUUUAUCCUUUUGUAUGUUGCCAAAUAUUACCAAGCCUUAUGCAAUAUUAUAGUCAAUUAAAAAAAUUAAAAUCACUGUUUCACUUAACAGGAAUGUCAUAUUUCAAAUAUAAUUUUGAAGAAUAUUAUAUUGUUACUAAUAUAUAAUAUAAAUAUGCAGAAGCUGGAGUAUUCGGCAUACUACUUUAAAAACAACUGUUACUUGUUACUGAUUUGUGAAACUGUAAGGUCAAUAAUCACAUGCAUGUUAACAGAAGUAUUGAUGAUACUUUUGCUAUUUUUUUUUUUAUUAUUAUUAUUUUUCAUAUUUUUUUUUCUUUGGCCCAACUAACACAGUAUUCAGGAACUUAAACAGAGAUAUCUUAAGAUACCAUUGUUCUCCAGUUAAACUGCCACAUAAUGCUGCAUGAUGUUUUUAUUUUUGUUUAAUUUCUCAAAAAUCCAAUGAAUGGAAUACACAUCAGUUCAUAUACAAGCCAGCAGGAUAGUGACACUGAAGCAGUGUUAACUCUUUAAGAAAGUGUUGUUAAAAUACUCCAAUAAAAACAUUAAAAAAAAUACAUCACGAUUGCUGAUAUCAAGUAUGUCUGCAAACAAUUUUGAAUGCAGCUUGGAAAAUGUCACAUUUGAAUGAUUCAGAAAAGAGGAAUGUCCAUGAAGUGGACCUUUGGUAUGUUUUGCAAGUCUGCUUAGAUAAUAAUAAUAUGAAAGGAAAGGAUUUGACCAGAACUAAGUUUGUGUGUACUUCAGUUUGGCUACAUGGAAGUGAAACGGACAAAAUUCUUGUUACCCAACUGAUAAAUAAAACACUUUUUAAAAUGCA